AAACAAUGUUUUGAUUUCAAAGAGUAGCUUACACAUCUCCGAGCAUUGGUGAAACGUCAAAACCCCCGCGCGUAAGCUAAACCAUACUGGACGGAAGCUGAGUCAGAGAUGGCCUCUUCUGCAAAAGAUGAUAAUCCAAGAUCUGUUAAAAGAGUUGCUGUUGUUGGUGCUGGUGUAAGUGGGCUUGCUGCGGCUUACAAAUUGAAAUCACAUGGUCUAGAUGUAACUGUAUUUGAAGCUGAAGGAAGAGCUGGAGGGAGGCUAAGAACUGUUUCUCGAGAUGGGCUAGUUUGGGACGAGGGAGCUAAUACAAUGACUGAAAAUGAAAUAGAGGUUAAAGGUUUGAUUGAUGCUCUUGGACUUCAUGAAAAACAACAAUAUCCAUUGUCACAGCAUAAGCGCUAUAUUGUGAAAAAUGGGACACCAGUUCUGGUACCCGCAAAUCCUGCUGCACUACUGAAGAGCAAACUUCUUUCUGCACAAUCAAAGAUUCAGGUCAUUUUCGAACCGUUUAUGUGGAAAAGAAGUGACUCAUCUGCCGUGCGUGAUGAAAAUUCCGAAGAAAGUGUUAGUAGAUUCUUCGAACGCCAUUUUGGGAAAGAGGUCGUGGACUACCUCAUUGAUCCUUUUGUUGGAGGUACAAGUGCAGCAGGCCCUGAGUCUCUUUCUAUCCGCCAUUCUUUCCCAGAGCUAUGGAAUUUGGAGAAAAGGUUUGGUUCCAUUAUAGCAGGGGCUUUACAAUCCAGCGUAUUUGGAAAAAAGGACAAAGCUGGAGAAACUAAAGAUGUACCAAGAAAAAACAAGCACCAGCGUGGUUCAUUUUCUUUUCAGGGUGGGAUGCAGACACUGACUGAUACAUUGUGCAAAGAGCUUGGCAAAGAUGACAUUAAAUUAAAUGCGAAGGUUCUGACACUAGCUUACAGUCAUGAUGGAAGUUCCCCAUCGCAAAACUGGUCUAUUACUUGUACUUCUAACCGAAAAGCACAAGAUGUUGAUGCCGUAAUUAUGACGGCUCCUCUUGGUAACGUCAGAGACAUCCAGAUCAAGAAAAAGGGAAACCCCUUCCCACUUAAUUUUCUUCCUGAGGUGACCUAUUUACCACUCUCAGUCUUAAUAACCACCUUUAAAAAGGAGAAUGUAAAGAGACCUCUGGAGGGAUUUGGAGUUCUUGUUCCUUCAAAAGAGCAACAAAAUGGUUUUAAAACCCUAGGUACACUUUUUUCUUCUAUGAUGUUUCCAGAUCGAGCACCCAGUGAUAUGCAUCUCUAUACCACCUUCAUAGGAGGAACACGAAACAGGGAACUUGCUCAAGCUUCAACUGACGAGCUUACGAAAAUUGUCACUUCUGACCUGAGAAAGCUGUUGGGAGCAGAGGGGGAGCCUGCAUUCGUCAACCAUUUCUUCUGGAGUAAAGGCUUUCCUUUAUAUGGUCAUAACUAUGGGUCAGUUCUUGAAGCAAUUGACAAAAUGGAAAAAGAUCUCCCUGGAUUUUUCUAUGCUGGUAAUCACAGAGGGGGACUCUCAGUUGGUAGAGCAAUUGCCUCGGGUUGCAAAGCAGCUGAUCUUGUAAUCUCCUACCUCAACAAUGCUUCAGACAACAGUGUCUGAUAAAUAACCAUCUAGAUGUACGAAGGUUUCCUUAUUUCAACAUCUGUAAACAAUGUAAUAAUUAUUACCUUUGAAUAAUGCAAAUCCCCCAACUCCAUUUUGAAUUUGAAAAGGAAGUUAGUUGAAAUACAAUUAUCUAUUGUAGAAUAAACUUUUAUUCUGAAAUGUAAACACCAAUAGGGGUGUGCAUUAAAA